GGCGGGUGCAUACUAAGCGGAUGAGGGGGAGGUUUUAUGGGUCCCCGAAUGUGUUCCGGGAAGUUUCGGACAGCGACGCAGAUGUUUAUUGGAGAAGUAACCUUAGUCACUCAGAAUCCCAUGGACCGCUAGUCAGAGCCCCACAGAAGUGAUGCCCCACUCUCAGCAUCGCUCCAUCAGAUCAUGCUUUCCAUUUGCCUUCCAAGGCGUAAUCUGAUUCUGUUUUGCGUCGCCAUAUUAGUACCAGUACUACGAGUCCAUUGUGGUCCUCGCUAUAGUUCCAGGAUAGUGGAUAUCCAGUCAGGUGCGAUCAGAGGGAUCAUACUGGAAUUGAAUUCGAGGCAUUUGGAACCAGUUGAGGUGUUCCGCGGGGUACCAUACGCAGCUCCCCCAGUGGGUCCCCUCCGAUUCCGGUCCCCCCAGCCUGCUCUGCCUUGGCCUGGAACCCGAUUGGCCGAUACCUUCGGAGCUGUGUGCCCCCAGAAGUACCCGGACGUGAGCAACCGAACGGCCGCAUUGCAGUACAUGCCGAAGGGGCGGUACCAGUACCUGAGGAAGUUGGUGCCGCUGCUGCAUUUAGAAGAGGAAGGAAGCGUUUACAACGAUGUAGAUGAAUAUAAUCUGCAAGACAGAUUUGAAAUGAACCGAUAUUAG